GGUGGAGUUCCGCUUCCGGCAGCGCCACAUAAGUCGCGGGGGAGAACGCUUUAAAUCGUGUCGUUUGCAUUUAGGACCAUUUCGGUUCCUGAUGGUCCGAACGGGCAAAAAUGGUGACCUUCAUCUUAAACAGAUUGCAUAUUAUAAGAGAACUGGCGAAUAUCAUCCAACUACGCUGCCAAGUGAGAGAAGUGGCAUAAGAAGAGCAGCCAAAAAAUUUGUCUUCAAAGAAAAAAAGCUGUUUUACGUUGGAAAAGACCGAAAACAAAAUCGCUUGGUAAUUGUUUCCGAAGAGGAAAAAAAGAAAGUCCUACGAGAAUGCCAUGAAAAUGAGCCUGGACCUCACCAUGGCAUCUCCAGAACCCUCACUUUAGUGGAAUCCAGUUACUAUUGGACCUCCGUGACCAACGAUGUCAAACAGUGGGUCUAUGCUUGUCAGCAUUGUCAAGUGGCAAAAAAUACGGUUAUCCUAACAUCGAAACAACAUCUUCUCAAGGUGGAAAGCCCGUGGAGUGUAGUCACUGUUGACCUGGCGGGGCCUUUCCAUGCAAGCAGCAGAAGUCACGUGUAUGCUAUCAUCAUGACAGAUUGGUUCACAAAGUGGGUGGUGAUUUUACCUCUGUGUGAUGUUUCGGCAUCAGAAAUUUCUAAAGCUAUUAUCAAUAUAUUCUUCUUAUACGGACCUCCUCAGAAAAUAAUAAUGGACCAAAGAGAUGAAUUCAUUCAACAGAUCAACGCUGAACUGUACAGCUUGUUUGGCACGAAGCAAAUCGUGACUUCUCACGCCUCUGGAACUAUUAACCCGACUGAAAGCACACCCAGUGCAAUCAAGACCUUUCUCUCUAAACACUGCGCCGACCACCCAGACACCUGGGAUGACCACCUGCCGGCCGUUUCAUUUGCCUUUAAUAUAACUCACUUGGAGCCGACUAAAAACACACCGUAUUUUCAGAUGUUUUGUCGAAACGCUUCCCUGCCUGAGACGUCAGAUGGUCCUCACGAAGCCGGGGGCGAAAGCGCAGGCAUGUUCGCCAGGAUCCUGGCUGCCAUCAAGGAGGCUGAUGCGACAGCGGAGAGGAAGACGGCUGCAGUGGACCAGUUAAAGAACAACAACGCAGAUGGACUAAAUAAAAGCAAGGUCAUUGUUAAAAGGAAGCCAAAACAAUUAAAUCCAUUUCAUCUGAAAGUUGGUCAUGAAGUUUUAAGACAAAGGAAAAACUGGUGGAAGGAUGGCCGUUUCCAGUCUAAGUGGGUCGGUCCCUGUGUCAUAGACUACAUCACAGACAGUGGCUGUGCUGUCCUCAGAGACAACACCGGAGCUAGACUGAAGAGACCUAUCAAAAUGUCCCACCUGAAGCCCUAUGUCAGGGAGACCAGUGAGCAAGACAGUCUUUAUUUCUUGCAAGGUUCAAUAGUGGCAGAUCAUGACUACAUUGGAUUGCCUGACCUUCCCGUUGGAACGUACCAAGCAAACAUUCUUGUGGAAGAUGCAGCUAUUGGUAUAGUCGAUAAUGAAUUAUUAACAUCAAGCAAGGAUCGUGAACUGUUAGAAUAUAGAAACGUCAAAAUCUCCCCGUUGAUGGAAGAUCAUGGUUCUCUUGAAAAGCAGACUUUUAGUCUAUUGGACUCUUCCAAUCAAGUCCUUGAGUACUUAAAUUCAUAGAUACCAGCAUUUAUCUAAAAUGCCUAGAAUGCACAAAUCCCUUAAGUCUUGGCACUUUCUCCAAUAAAGAUCAUAUAGGACAGAUGUCUUGACACACUCUUGGUGAUUAAAUCAUGAAGUUCUAUU